CGCGCCGCAAUUCACAAUAAAUACACGUUCUACGAAAAGGUUGAUUUUUCGACAGUUUACUGCGGCAAAAUAUCAACGAAAUAACCCAAGAAGGAGUGUCCAACAUGGAACAGCAGAAUCUGGUGCAGAUUUUACAGGGUUCGAUACACCCUGAUACCCGGGAAGAAGCAGAGAAACAGCUAAAUGAGGUACACAAGAUCAUCGGUUUUUCCCCGACACUUUUACGAGUGUUGAUGGACGAAACUAUCCCAUUCCCUGUCCGUCAAGCGGGCGUCAUCUACCUCAAGAACAUGGUCACCCAGUUCUGGAAUCUACGAGAGCCGGACAGCCCCCUAGAGCCCAUCCCGUUUAGCAUUCAUGAAGAUGACAAGGUUGUUGUGAGGAGUAACAUCAUUGAAGCUAUCAUAACCAGCCCAGACCUCAUCAGGGUGCAACUGGCCGUUUGUCUGAGUGUAGUUCUGAAGUACGACUAUCCAGGUCGAUGGGACACCGUCUUAGACACACUGUCUAACUACCUAACGGUGGAUAAUCCUGGUACCCUGCACGGAGCUCUCAUCUCUGUGUAUCAACUGGUCAAAAACUACGAGUACAAGAAACCGGAUGACCGUGAGCCUCUGAACAUAGCCAUGAUGCGUCUAUUACCCAUAAUGCAUCACCGAUGCGUCCAGCUUCUCCCAGACGCUUCGGACUUGUCCCUCCUCAUGCAGAAGCAGAUUCUGAAAAUAGUCUAUGCCAUGAUUCAGUACCAUCUUCCGUUAGAUUUAGUCAACAAAGAAGUGUUCAAGUUUGAUCAAUGGAUGGAGAUAUUACAGACCAUCGUCGGCAGGCCCGUUCCAGAGGCUUCCCUCCAAGUGGAUAUUGAUGACCGACCGGAGCUGCCAUGUUGGAAAGUCAAGAAGUGGGCGCUGCAUAUUCUAGCCAGAGUCUUCGAACGAUAUGGAAGCCCAGGAAACGUCGUCAAGGAGUAUGUGAAAUUCUCGGACUGGUUUCUGAAGACAUUUUCUGCAUCAACGCUGAGGGUACUUCUAGUUGUCCUAGACCAGUAUCGUCAGAAGUGGUACGUAGCCCCAAGGGUUCUGCAACAGGCUCUCAACUACGUCAACACAGGGGUCAGUCACGCCUUCGCCUGGAAAUUUAUCAAGCCUCAUAUUCAGCCCAUCAUUCAAGAAGUUCUGUUCCCGCUGAUGUGCUACACAGACGAGAACGAGGAACUAUGGAACGAAGACCCCUACGAGUACAUCCGCAUCAAGUUUGAUGCGUUUGAGGAUUUCAUCUCUCCCGUUGCGGCUGCGCAGACCGUUCUCCGAUCCUGCGCUGGCAAGAGGAAGGAGGUCCUUCAGAAGACAAUGGAGUUCUGUAUGCAGGUUAUGAUCGAGCCAGGCAUGGAGCCGAGGAAGAAAGAUGGCGUCAUGCACAUGGUUGGCACCAUGGCAGAUAUCCUACUCAAGAAAAAAAUGUACAAAGAGCGCAUGGAACAAGUCCUCGUUAAUAAUAUCUUCCCAGAAUUCAACAGUGAGAUGGGUUACAUGAGAGCAAGGGCCAACUAUGUCGUCCACGCUUUCUGCGAAGCUCCAUUCAAGAAUGAACGGAACUUACAGACUGCCUUAGACCUCACUCGUAACAGUCUAAUACACGAUAAGGAAAUGCCCGUUAAGGUGGAGGCGGCCAUAGCACUACAAGAACUCAUCACCAGCCACGAAGAGAAAGCCAAGCUCUACAUCCAACCAUUCGUCAAAGACAUCUUACAGGCGCUGCUGAUCGUGAUCAGAGAAACGGAGAACGAUGAUCUAACGGAGGUGAUGCAGAGAUUGAUCACUACCUACGGCAAUGAGAUUAUACCAAUAGCUGUGGAAAUCACUCAACACUUGGCAACCACAUUCUCUCAGGUGAUUGACGCUGAGGAGAGUAUGGACGACCGAGCGGCGACCGCCAUGGGCAUUCUUAAUACAAUAGAAACCAUCCUGAAUGUUGUGGAAGAAAAGCAAGAGAUAGUUGUACAACUUGAGGGCAUCGUGUUGAAUGUAGUUGCAGUAGUCUUACAAAAUAGUGUACUAGAUUUUUAUGAGGAGGUGAUGUCGUUAAUCUUCAGUAUGACCUGUACGCAUAUAUCACCCCCUCUAUGGCAAGUCUUUGAGAUGCUCUACGCCACGUUCGAGCAGGACGGGUACGACUACUUCGUUGAAAUGAUGCCAGCCUUACAUAAUUACGUCACGACUGAUCCCCAAGCCUUCUUGUCCAACCCUAGACAUCUUGAAAUCAUCUAUAACAUGUGCAAGAAGAUACUCGAUGAAGAAGCUGGUGAUGACCCCGAGAGCCACGCAGCCAAACUGCUUGAGGUCAUACUCCUACAAUAUAAAGGAGAAAUAAAUCAGUGUGUGCCACUUUUCGUGGAGGUCGUCCUCAACAGAUUGACGAGGGAGGUUAAGACGACUGAGUUAAGGCAGAUGUGUCUUCAGGUCGUCGUCGCCGCCUUGUACUAUAACCCCAUGCUACUGAUGGAAACAUUAGAGAAGAUGACGAUACCUAAUACCAACGAGGCUGUCACGGCGCAGUUUGUUAAACAGUGGCUGCAUGACACCGACUGCUUCUUAGGGUUACACGACAGAAAGGUCUGUGUCUUGGGAAUCUGUACCCUACUCUCGAUCCCCAGUAAGCCACCCGUUGUUUUGGAGUGCGCCCAGCAGUUUAUACCCGCAUUGAUCAUGCUGUUCAGAGGACUAAAGAGGGCGUAUGAGUGUCGAGCUACGGCGGAGGAGGAAGAUUCAGAUGAAGAAGAGGAAGACAGCGAUUAUGAAGAGGCGGCCUUAGAGAGUGACGAAGAUGAAAUAGACGAAGAUGGAGCAGAAUACUUGGAGAGAUUAGAAAGAAUCGCUAAUGAUCGAGAUGACGAUAGUGAUGAUGAAGAGAUGUAUGAGGAGACCGCCCUCGAGGGAUACAACACCCCCCUCGACGACGAGGACGGACCAUUUGACGAUGAGUACAUGCUCUUCAAAAACAUCCUCACAAAUAUUCAAGCUCAUGACCCGUCUUGGUACAGCGCCCUCACCGCGCAUCUCUCUCCAGAUCAACAGAAUGACAUGCAAGAGAUUGCCAAGAUGGCCGACCAGAGGAAUGCAGCCGCAGAAUCCCGAAGAAUCGAAAAGCAAGGCGGUUACAAAUUCCAAGCUCCAAGCGUCCCAUCAAGUUUCAACUUUGGUGGAAUGUCAUAAUCAUAGAUAGAAAAUAAUUAACAUUAUGUCAAGGUCGGUGUAUAAAGUAUUACUUGGCGUCUCAUCAUUAUUUCCCACCCCCCUCAGAAAAAAAAUGGAGUAACCCCACUCGAAAAACAGUCACCCGCUUGCCUUAUGCCAUCUUAAACAUCUGGGAACCAAUCAAGUGAUGCUCUAGCCCUCCUACUGUCUGACCGUUUAAUAUCUUGGGUUUGAAUGAUAGAUAAACUAUGCCAACCUGCAAUAUGCAUGUGGCGAAUGCAUCUACACAGUUCACAGUCGACCCUCCUACUGUCUGACCAUUCAAUAUCACCCCUUGGGUUUUGAAUGAGACACUGUAGAUGAACUAUGGCAACUUGCAGUACACGGUCAACCCUCCUACUGUCUGACCAUUCAAUAUCACCCCUUGGGUUUUGAAUGAGACACUGUAGAUAAACUAUGCCAACCUGCAACUUGCAGUACACGGUCAACCCUCCUACUGUCUCGCCAUUCAAUAUCACCCCUUGGGUUUUGAAUGAGACACUGUAGAUGAACUAUGCCAACCUGCAACUUGCAGUACACGGUCAAUCCUCCUACUGUCUGACCAUUCAAUAUCACCCCUUGGGUUUUGAAUGAGACACUGUAGAUGAACUAUGCCAACCUGCAACUUGCAGUACACGGUCAACCCUCCUACUGUCUGACCAUUCAAUAUCACCCCUUGGGUUUUGAAUGAGACACUAGAUAAACUAUGCCAACCUGCAAUUUGCAGUACACGGUCAACCCUCCUACUGUCUCACCAUUCAAUAUCACCCAUUGUGUUUUGAAUGAGACGCUGUAGAUGAACUAUGUCAACCUGCAAUUUGCAGUACACGGUCAACCCUCCUACUGUCUGACCAUUCAAUAUCACCCAUUGGGUUUGAAUGAGACACUGUAGAUGAACUAUGCCAACCUGCAACUUGCAGUACACGGUCAACCCUCCUACUGUCUCACCAUUCAAUAUCACCCCUUAGGUUUUG